AAAGACCCUCACCGGAGGUUGGUAUUUUUCCGCGCCAUCCUAAGAGGAAAUUAAAAUCGUACUGGCGGGAGUUGAUGUCAACUUUCGGUUGCUGAGACCAAGUUACUAUUAAAGACAUGGACGGAAAGAAACGAAACGCAGGGCCGCUGGCGGGCGGUGUGUCGCAGGCCAAGCGUGGCAAGCCAGGCAGCGAGUGGGAGGACAGCCCGUCCGGGUUUGAGGAAGAGCUUUCAGCCAUGAUGGACGAAGCCGAGAUGGACGGGGAAGAGCGGGAGGGACAGGCGGGCCACGGUGUCAUACCUGUCGGCGAGCUGUUCUCAGCAGACAUCAACCCUAAGUGGCGGAGACCCCCGGCCCCGCCACUAGACGCCAGCUCAGACACGCUGGUCUUCCAACAGAUCGACCUCGACUACUACUUAGGAGGCGCGGUGGAGGGAAUGCCCGGCCAAUCAAACGGCACCGUGCCCAUCAUCCGCAUGUUUGGUGUGACCGACAGCGGGAACAGCGUGUGCUGCCAUGUGCACGGCUUCGCUCCCUACUUCUACACGCCUGCGCCCAAUGGAUUCACGUCUGCCCACUUGGGAGAUUUCAAGAGAGAGUUGAACUCUGCUGUGCUGAAGGAUUUGCGCUCGAAUAAGGACAACAUCUCUGUGACUGUUCUUGCUGUAGACAUCACACGCAAAGAGAGCAUGUACGGUUACCAUGGGAGGCACAUCCAGGAUUUCCUCCGGAUCACCAUGGCGAUGCCACGCCUCAUAGCGCCAGCCAAGAGGCUCCUGGAGCAGGGCAUCAAGUUUGGACCUUUCGGCCAGCAGAACUAUCAAUCCUACGAGGCUAACAUUGACUUUGAAAUCAGGUUCAUGGUGGACUGCGAUGUCGUGGGCUGCUGCUGGAUCGAGCUCCCCAAGGGCAAAUACCGAGUCCGUCAGGCCAAGGCCCCCGGGGACAUGACCUCAGGGAACCCCAGCAUGGUGUCCUUGUGUCAGUACGAGGUGGACGUGGGCUGGACCGACCUGGUCAGCCACCCCGCUGAAGGGGAGUGGCAGCGCAUCGUGCCCCUCAGGGUCCUCAGCUUCGACAUAGAGUGCGCAGGAAGGAAGGGGAUCUUCCCGGAGGCGGACAAGGACCCGGUCAUCCAGAUCGCCUCCAUGGUGCAGCGGCAGGGCGAGAAGGAGCCCUUCAUCCGCACCGUCUUCACCCUGCAGUCCUGCGCCAGCAUCGUGGGCUCCCAGAUCCUGUGCUUCACACAGGAGAAACAGCUGCUGCAGAGCUGGGCGGAGUUUGUAAGGACCACCGACCCUGACAUCGUCACCGGCUACAACAUCCAGAACUUUGACUUCCCGUACCUGCUCAACAGGGCAGCGAACCUGAAGGUAAACCUGUUCCCCUACCUGGGCAGGAUACAAGGCAUCAAGUCGGUCCUGAGAGACUCUAACUUCCAGAGCAAGCAGAUGGGCCGGCGGGAGAACAAGAUCAUGAACAUGGAGGGCCGGGUUCAGUUCGACCUGCUGCAGGUGCUCCUCAGGGACUACAAGUUGCGCUCGUACACGCUCAACGCCGUCAGCUACCACUUCCUGCAGGAGCAGAAGGAGGACGUGCAGCACUCCAUCAUAACUGAUCUGCAGAACGGUAACGAGCAGACCCGGCGGCGUCUGGCUGUCUACUGUCUGAAGGACGCCUACCUGCCGCUGCGGCUGCUGCAGAAGCUCAUGUGCGUCAUCAACUACAUGGAGAUGGCCAGGGUGACGGGCGUCCCCCUCACCUACCUGCUCUCCAGGGGCCAGCAGAUCAAGGUGGUCUCCCAGCUGCUGCGACAGGCCAUGAAGCAGGACUUGGUGAUGCCUGUCUUGAAACCACAAGGUGGAGAAGACUACACUGGAGCAACUGUAAUUGAGCCAGAAAAAGGGUACUACAGUGUUCCCAUCGCCACCCUGGAUUUCUCCUCUCUGUAUCCGUCCAUCAUGAUGGCUCACAACCUCUGCUACACCACGCUGCUCCAGAGGGGCAGUGCAGAGAAGCUAGGCCUGUCUCCGGAGGACUUCAUCAAGACUCCAACAGGGGACCAGUUUGUGAAGAGCUCUGUGAGGAAAGGACUGCUGCCAGAGAUCCUAGAGAACCUGCUGUCUGCCAGGAAGAAGGCGAAGACGGAGCUGAAGAAUGAAACGGACCCCUUCAAGAAGCAGGUGCUGGAUGGCCGGCAGCUGGCACUGAAGAUCAGCGCGAACUCUGUGUACGGAUUCACAGGCGCGCAGGUCGGCAAACUGCCCUGUCUGGAGAUAUCCCAGAGCGUCACCGGCUUCGGAAGACAGAUGAUUGAAAAGACCAAGCAGCUGGUGGAGUCCAAGUACACGGUAGCCAACGGCUACACAGCAGAUGCUAAGGUGAUUUAUGGGGACACAGACUCGGUGAUGGUGAAGCUGGGCGUAGAGCGGGUGGACCAGGCCAUGGAGUUGGGCAGGGAAGCAGCAGAGUGGGUGUCCUCACACUUCACCCCCCCCAUCCGGCUGGAGUUUGAGAAGGUGUACUAUCCAUACCUGCUGAUCAACAAGAAGCGCUAUGCCGGCCUCUACUUUUCGUCCAGUGCUCACACGCACGAGAAGAUGGACUGCAAGGGCAUUGAGACCGUCAGAAGAGACAACUGCCCCCUGGUGGCCAACCUAAUAAACACAUGCCUGCAGAACAUCCUCAUUGAACGUGACCCCCAGGGGGCGGUAGCGCAUGCCAAGGAGGUGAUCUCGGACCUGCUGUGUAACCGCAUCGACAUCAGCCAGCUGGUCAUCACCAAGGAGUUGACCCGCACUGCCCAGGAGUACGCCGGCAAGCAGGCUCACGUGGAGCUGGCAGAAAGGAUGAGGAAGAGAGACGCAGGAAGUGCACCAAACCUGGGAGACCGAGUUCCUUAUGUCAUCAUUAAAGCGGCGAAGGGUGUAGCGGCAUACAUGAAGUCAGAGGACCCCAUCUUCGUGCUGGAGAACAACAUUCCCAUCGACACCCAGUAUUACCUGGAGCAGCAGCUGUCCAAGCCUCUGCUCAGGAUAUUUGAGCCCAUUCUGGGAGAGAGCAAGGCAGAGAGCAUCCUGCUCAAGGGGGACCACACACGCUGUAAGACUGUGCUGACCUCCAGGGUGGGUGGUCUGAUGGCGUUCGCCCAGAAGAGAAGCACCUGUAUCGGCUGCAAGGCUGUUCUCAAGACGGACGCUGCGGUGUGUGAUUACUGCAAGCAGAAAGAGUCAGAACUUUACCAAAAGGAGAUCUUCCACAUGAGGACGUUGGAGGAGCGUUUCUCUCGUCUCUGGACUCAGUGUCAGCGUUGCCAGGGUUCUCUCCACGAGGACGUUCUUUGUACCAGCCGAGACUGUCCCAUCUUUUACAUGAGGAAGAAGGUGCAGAAGGAUCUGGACGACCAGGGCAACCUGGUGGAUCGUUUCGGCUGGUGAAUGCACACCCGUUGCUUUGUUUGUAUAAAAUGCACUGUAUUUUACUUUAAUAAUGGUUUUGUAUUGGGAAGUGAAUAAUAAAUAUUUCUGGUAAAAUUG